AUGGAGUCGAGUUGCUUCUCUCGAAGGCUCUGUCUCGAAGCACAGAUCUCUUUACCAACAAUUCCCAUGAAGAGGCAUUCCGAUCGCCGAAAUGAGCGCUCUCGAGAGCUUGAUACCCGAAAGCUCGAUCGCAAUCAGCAGGUGUACGGACACAAUCAGUACCAACGUAAGCCUUUGAAUUGGCGGUUCCGAGAUGGCGUCUUGGUUCUCACAGUUCCUGUCAAGGCUUCAACCCAAGCCUCUCCCCUCAUUCGAAUUUCCACUCCUUUCAUACAUGUUGGCACUGUCACGGUUCGUUUGGAAGGUCUGGACCAGGUUGGGGAAAAGAGUCCUUUGGUGGUGGGAGCCCUUGGCUCGGAGGUGACUUGCAAACAGUGGGUAGCGCACGUACUUCGAACCAUAACCCGUAUGAUUGACUUACAAUGGCUCUCUGCACCCUCAAAAGCCCUUCAGAACAGUUGUCCCUUAGUUUGUGUGCGUGGUUUGGGCGUUGAUGGGGGUGCACGUACGUACAACUUUGGUGGAGCUGUGAGAGAGAAUCGAAACCCUGAUUCUAAAGGUGCCCCUGAACACCUUAACCCCGCCUUUCGCUUGCGAGAAACCCUUGGGCAGCGAAGUGGUGGGUACAUACCCAAGGAAGAAAGAGAGGAUCGGAGUACAUAUCCUUUAUCCUUUCGUUUUGUUUGGUUCCGUCCCACCACCAUCCCGUAUGCCAGCGCCGACAACAACUUGAACGACUUCACUCUGACUGAGCUGGACACUCGCGCGCCUGUUUCGCUGGCUCCUGGAUCUUGGGUUGGACUUCUCGUGUCAUCUGACUCCACGAGCGUCAAACGUUAA